UGUUCAUCUUCAAAUUUUGAGUUUCUGACUGCAGAUUACAAUGAAUUUCCAUUGCGAUGAAUGAUUCUUCUUUAUGUAUUGCAAAGUGACGCUUCGAGGAGGAAGUAAUUGAAUUAACUUAUUUGGGUUUCUUCAAUAAGAAAUGAAGAUCUUCUUGCUGACAUCCACCAGUUGUUCAACAAAAGUUGUGGAUGAUCCAGUUGCAGUCUCAAGGAGACCGCGCUUAUCGCAAAUCAUGUCUGCCAAGAAGAACUCCGAGUCUAUUUCUCAAGGUCUUCAGAGAGAACCCCAAAAGGACCUUUCUCGGAUUCUUCGAACAGAGGCUGCCAUUAAAGCCAUUGAGUGUAAAGCUAACUCGACCAAGUACAGUCAGCUAUGGCCUAAGGCGGUUUUGGACUCGCUGGAUGUGGCAAUUCGAGAAAAACAGUGGGAAUCGGCUCUCAAGAUUUUCAGUCUGCUUCGCAAGCAACUUUGGUAUGAGCCAAGAUGCCAAACUUACACCAAACUGUUAAUAAUGCUUGGCAAAUGCAACCAGCCAAAGCAAGUCGGUCUUCUGUUUGAGAUCAUGCGAUCGGAUGGAAUCCAGCCCACGAUUGAUGUAUACACCGCGCUUAUUGGUGCCUAUGGCCUGAACGGUUUUCUCGAUGAAGCAUUCUUCAUUCUAGAUGAGAUGAAAUCUGCCGCCAACUGUAAACCGGAUGUCUAUAUGUUCUCCACUCUUAUCAACUGCUGCAUCAAAAGCUGUCGCUUUGACCUCAUUAAAGGCGUUCUUACCGAAAUGUCAUAUCUUGGGAUCGAUUGUAACGACGUUACCUACAAUACCAUAAUCGAUGGAUACGGAAAGACAAAACAAUUUAAUCAGAUGGAAAGCGUUUUAACGGAUAUGAUUGAAAGUGGGACAUGUCUUCCGGAUGUCUUCACAUUUAAUUCGAUUAUCGGCGCUUAUGGUAAAUAUGGGGAUAUAGAGAGAAUGGAGAAAUGGUUUGACGAGUUCCAGCUUAUGGGAGUAAAACCAGAUAUUAGAACCUUCAACAUCUUAAUUAGAUCGUACGGGAAAUCGAGAAUGUACGAAAAGAUGGAAUCUGUAAUGGAAUUCAUGCAAAAAAGAUUCUAUUCUCCGACAAUUGUAACUUUUAAUAUUUUCAUUGAGAUGUUUGGGAAAGCAGGUGAUAUUCAGAAAAUGGAAGAAUAUUUUUUGAGAAUGAAAGAUGGAGGAAUGAAACCGAAUACUGUCACGUAUUGUUCGGUUGUGAGCGCUUAUAGUAAAUGCGGGCUUGUAACUAAGGUUGAUUCGGUUAUGAGGCAAGUGGAGAAUUCGGAUGUGGUUUUGGACACAGCUUUCUUCAACUGUGUUAUCUAUGCUUAUGGUAUGGCGGGUGAUGUUAGAAAGAUUGGCGAAUUGUAUAUGUCAAUGAAGGAAAGAAAAUUGAAACCUGAUAGUAUCACUUUUACUACUAUGAUUCAAUUUUAUAAUACUCUAGACAUGCCUGAAUUUGCUCAACAAUUACACAAAGAGAUGAUUGCUGCAAAAAACAUUUCAGGUAUGAAGCUGAUGAAGACAUAAGUUGAGUUUUUUUUCUUCCAAUUUUCAUAUAUGAAAUAGUUCUUUCUGCCUCGGAUUUGAGCUUUGAUGGCAAUGUAUGCAAUUGCAAAUCCGCCCGAAUUCAACUAUUAUUUUGUAUAUAUAAAACCCUUUUAAACAAGAUUUUAUUUUUCAUUCAAGCUUGAAGUCACAUAGGAACACUUUUGUCAUGUGAUGUGCUUGUUUUAGUGA